AUGCUAAGAGACGAGAGAAUUUCAUUUUCGGAUGCGGAGACUGAAGGACCGAGUGAGAUCCCUGAGGAGGUGAGAAUUCCAGCUAAUGAGGCAUCAUUGUCUAACAUUGAUGUCCCUGCAGCUCCACCCGAGAAAAAACGUGGACGGGGACCGGCUAGAAGCACAGAAUUUGAUCGCAUUCGCAAAUUUGGCAAAAUAGCAGUAGAAAUUAAGGAUGGCCAAAGAGGAGUAUCAUGUCAGAAUGCGACAAUGUUUUCAACACGCGUGACCUGGAUUGUGAAAAUUUAUGCAGACAUGCGACAUGCAAGUUGGAGUCGCGUUGAUAAACAGAACAAGGAUGAGCUAACGGAUCGUGUCCGAGCUGAUUUUGUAUUGGAUUGGACCAAAAGCAACCAUCGAGAGACAGUGGCAAUGGCACUUGCUCAAAAAUAUAAUGAUUAUCACUACCUACUGCACGGCAAGUACAUGGAGUAUGAUACACAUGAAGCUGCAAUUUCUGGAGGGACAAAGUUGGUGGACAAGGCUGUUUGGCAAUGUUUGUGUGAGAGAUGGGGGAGUGAAGACUUUAAGAACCUAUCUGCACGGAACAAACAAAAUAGGUCCAAUCAAAGGAUAAAUCACACGGGUGGCAGGAAGUCUUUUGUUAGGCUAAUGGAGGAAAAGCGGGAACAAGCUCCGAAUUAUGUUGCUUUUUACAAAGAGGUGCAUUGGUCUAGAAAAAAGGGGAGAUUUGUCACUGAAGCUGCUGAGCAAAAUUACAAUAUGAUGGUGGAGCUGUUGAAUGAGAUGCCACCAGAAGAUGCGGGGGAUGAUAAUGCAAAUGCAAAUGCUGUGUUCAAGGAGGUUUUGGGAUCUCGAUCGGGCUAUGUUAGAGGGUUAGGCCACUUAGUUAUACCUGAACCAUCUGAAUCAUUGUUGUCCAAUAGGGAGUUUAUACGACUUAGGGAGGAGAAUGAGAAGAACAAGGCUGAGGCGGAGGGCUUCAAGAGGAAACUUGAGACGUUUAUGGUUGAUGUCUCAAAAAUGCAAGCUUGUUUUGAAGAAUUUGACAGGCUGAAUAGCCGUGUUACAGAAUUGGAGUCACAGAGGGAGUCUCAACGGGAGACUCCGGGAGAUGCAUAGCCUUCCUCCAAUAAUGGGGAUGUGGGGAGUUUUUUUGAUCAUGUUGAACUUUUUUGAAGUUGUUGGAGUAGAAGUAAAAUAUGGGUGCAUCCUUUUGUUUAAAAUUGAUUUUGGGUGUUUUGUGGGGACUUGGUUGGAAGUGGUGAAUUAUGCCAAGACAAAGAAUUAAGUAAAGAGCAUGUAUCCUUUUGAUAGUAGGCCCAUGGAAAUAUAGUAUUUACAAAGGCAUCCUGCAUGGGUUAGCAUGGUACAGCUAUCUGUUAUAGGGACUAAAGAUCCCACAAGGUAGAAUUGCAGUGCCUGAGCAGAACAAAGAACCAAGAAUCCAAGCCUCCAUGCAUGCAGUUUAGGAAGAAGAUCUUCAUGUAAGGAUAUAGAAUGAACAUCCCAAAACUUCAUGUAUGAGAUGCACGAUAAGGCUUUAAGUUUAAACAUCAGAAUGUUAUUUUGUGUAGCCCGCACCACUGCAUGUUUUAUGUAAAUAUGUGCAUGCUGGUGAAAUGCAAUGAAACGAUGUACCAUUUUAAUAUAUGCAUGUACGCUAAGCUAGCUCCCCUUUCUGUUCUUA